UGUGCUUAAAUUCCAGCUUUUUCGUGAACGACACGAUCCGACUCUGCCGCUCUCUCUCCUCUCCUCUCCUCUUCCUCUCUUACUCUCUUACUCUCCCUCUCACUCUUCUUUUUGUUCUUCAUUUUUCUCUCAAUAUUUUUUCUUUUAAGUGAACAUUUGUUUCUUGUUCUUCUUCUUUGUUCUCCAUGGAAAUGGAAGAUCAGUACAAUAUGUCCGAUCUCCGUCAACUCAUGAACGGAGGUCGGACCCACUUCCCCUCCAUCCCACUACAACCCACAACCGAGCUCUUCCCGAACCACCACCGAGGUCCUCCCUCCUCCUCCUCCUCCUCCUUCCUUCAUCACCAACACCAUCCGUACGAGCAGCUCAUGAUGAUAGACCGUUCUCAAGCCCACGAGAUGAUCCCUCGUGGGCUUCACCAUCAUCACGAGUUUCGCUCUCCGGACUCUACUAGUGCUGCAGGUGUAACUACUCCUACUACAGUUACGGCAGCUCCUUCUCUUAGUGGCGGUGGCUUGGAGGCUGAAGCUGGCGGGUGUCUUGGCGGUGAAGGGUCUGGAAGGUGGCCGAGGCAAGAGACUCUCACUCUUCUGGAGAUCCGAUCCGGGCUUGAUUUUAAGUUCAAAGAGGCUAAUCAGAAGGGUCCUCUCUGGGAUGAAGUCUCUAGGAUCAUGUGUGAGGAACAUGGGUAUCAAAGAAGUGGGAAAAAAUGUAGAGAGAAGUUUGAAAAUUUGUACAAGUACUACAAGAAAACAAAGGAAGGAAAGGCUGGAAGACAAGAUGGAAAGCAUUAUCGGUUCUUUCGACAGCUCGAAGCUCUCUAUGGAGAAACUACCAAUACCGUAGUCUCACCAUCUUUGCCUGCAGAAACCCAUUUCGUCGGUAAUAAUAGUAACAAUUAUCGUUACCAAGCAGCUGGCAAUGCUCAAGCAAAUCAAGAGAUCACAACUCCCUAUCAUCAUCAGUCAUCUGAUCAAAAGCACUGUGACAGCCUUAGCCUCUCGAAUUCAUCCGAGUUCGAAACCUCCUCCUCAGAAGAUCAAGACAUUAAUAAUGAUGUCAGUGCAGCCGCAAUGGACAAUGAUUCGCAGGAGGUGAAGACAACGAGGAAAAGAAGAGGAGGAAUUGGACGGAGGGGUUGGAAGGCGAAGAUAAAAGAGUUUAUCGAUGCACAAAUGAGGAAGCUGAUCGAGAAGCAAGAGGAGUGGUUGGAGAGGCUAAUGAGGACCCUUGAGCAAAAGGAGAGGGAGAGGGUGGUGAGAGAGGAGGAGUGGAGGAAACAAGAAGUUGAUAGGGUUGACAGAGAGCAAAAUUUCUGGGCCAAAGAGAGGGCAUGGAUUGAAGCUAGGGAUAAGGCUUUGAUGGAUGCACUGCACAAGAUAUCGGGAGGAUCAUCAUCAACUGAUCAAGCAAAAGCUACUAAUUACAAUUCUUCAUCACCUGAUCACAAUGAUCCUGAUCAAAUAGUUCAUAACAUGAGUAGGAGUGCCAAGGAGUUAUUCAUGAAUAAGAAGCGAAAGGAGAAUGCAAAUUCGAGAAGCGCAUCGGCAGCCUGUUACUUUCAGAGCAAUGAGUCGUGUUCCUCAUUGUAUAGUAGUCAAGGAGGGUAUUGUGGUGAAAUGAGUAAUGAACAAGGUAACCAUGAUGGUUCUAACAAUUCUCCUAAUGGUGGGAAUAAUGCAAGUAAUGUGGGGAGCAAUGCAGUGCCUGAUAAUUGUUUUCCGUUCUUGAUGAGUGAGGGGGAGAACUUGUGGGAAAAUAUGGAUUGAAGCUGAGCAAGGGAAGCCAAAACCAGUGAUGAUAAUAUUAUAUGAGGUGUAAUAUUAGUACUUUGUACUAGGUGAUCAUCAGCUAGCUAGCUGCAGAAGACAACUUGCUCGGUUGAAUUUUGUUAUGGGGUUUAACAAAUUUGAAAAAAAACCUCUCUCCCUCUGUGAUGGUCUCAUGUGAGGUGAGGUUUACAGUAUGAUCAUGUAAGCAAGGAGCUAACUGGGGGUUAUUUAUGUGUAGGGUUUGAUUGAUGUUUUAAUCAUGGGACUGAAGCCUAAAGACAUGGAAAUUUUAGAGGGAAAUAAUUAUGGAUUUGGACAGGUUGUAGUGCUGCUAGCGUUGGGUAUAUGUUUUUGUGGGUUUUCAUUUGUUUUAAGCUUCAUUUUUUUCAUCUUCCAUGCGUGAGUAAAUAUGUUUCUCAUUUUGUCAUGAUAUGGAUUCCAAGCAGGCCAUACUAAAAAAUGAAUGCAUAUUGAACAUAAUAUUAAGAGCCAA